CCCAGAUGAAACCAGAUGAGAAAGCUCUUCAACAAUGCUCCUAAACCAACUGCUGGGACUACUGAACUCAGAAACACGGCAAGAGACUGUAUCUGAAAUAUGGCUCAGAGUGACUUCUUCUAUCCAGAAAACCCACGGAGAAGGCAAGAAGUAAACCGUCUUCACCAGCAGCUACUUGAUUGCCUAUCUGAUAGCUUCCAUGCCACCAAUAAGCUGAUUGGGGUUUUAAACAUGCACUUGGGGUGCAAGCUGACCUCCAUUGAGAUGAAAAGAGAUGGGACCAUCAAAGAAAACUGUGAUAUCAUCAUCCAAGCCAUGAUGAAAAUCCAAAAGGAAUUGCAAAAGGUUGAUGAAGCCCUAAAAGAUAAACUAGAGCCAACCCUCUACAGAAAACUUCAAGAUAUUAAAGAAAAGGAAACAGAGAAAAUUGCAAUAGUACAAAAGGUCAUUUCAGUCAUCCUGGGAGAAGCUACUUCUGCAGCCAGUGCAGUCGCUGUUAAACUUGUAGGCUCAAAUGUCACAACUGGCAUCAUUAACAAGUUGGUCACUGUGUUAGCUCAAAUUGGUGCUUCUCUCCUUGGUAGUAUAGGAGUUGCUGUUCUUGGCCUUGGCAUAGAUAUGAUAUUCCGUGCCAUCCUGGGAGCAGUGGAGAAAACACAGCUUCAAGCAGCCAUUAAAAGUUAUGAGACGCAUCUGGUGGAAUUCAAGUCAGCUUCAGAAAAAUAUCAUCAUGCCAUUACUGAGGUCACCAACACAGUGAAACAGCAAAUGAAAUGAACAGCCACUGUGCCCCUGGAAUAUUUUUCUACUUCUCAAUAUAGUGUUUUGCUCCUUUGAUUAGGUUCAUUUUCUGUAUGUUUCCAACAUGGACAGAAAUACAGUUAACAACUUGGAAAGAUGUUUUAAGAGAUGCUAAAAUUAGAUGACUCCAGAGUUUUGUAUCAACAACAAAUGCCUACAUUGGUUGGUGCUAGAGGUAAAAGAUUAUAUCCCAGGAUGCUUCUUACUUUGCUCUACCAGAUCAACUUUAGGUUAAAUGCUAUGGGUGUGGGGAUUACCUUUCCCUUUUCUAACUCCCCAAAUCAUUAAAAUUUAAGUUGAA